AGAUUAGAACUAUUAAACAAGAAGACUAAGAUAUUCAGUCACUAUGUUUUCAGUUACAAUGAAAAUCGUUUAUAAAAUAUGAGGAUAUUUUCAGAGUCGCAUAUAUUGAAAUUGUUUUUAUCGAUUAUAGUUAGUCCGGAUUCCUUCUAUUUGGUUCAUACUCAUUUUACACUCCAUGGUUUUGGCGAAUUUCGUGGCUAGUUAUAUUGUUGAAUCAAUUGUUGAUGGAGUCUCUUUUCGACGUCGUAUACGUCGCAUUGGUCGAGCGCUAUUUCCAAGACGUGUGGAACGCAAAGCUUAUGAGCGAAUUCGAGAAGAAAUUGACAGGUCAGCUGGUGUUUGGCCUCCCCUAUUAAGAUAUGCCAGUCUACAAGCAUUACCACGGCGUUUGUUUGGAGAUGAUGAAGUAGAUUUGCCUGAUUGUCCUGGAGAUGGACGGUUGUCUUCUGCAGUAUCCAGUGUCACAGAUGUGGAUGUUCCUUCUAUUCCAAGUGAAGUAACUGACAGACGACAGCUUCCCUUUGACAGCACAGACGGUGAUAUCGGUCUGCAUAAAGUUGUCAGUAAACCCUCUUCUAAUCAAAUGAGUGUAAAUGAAAAUCCAAAUCAAACUUUUACUCUUGGUGGUUCUUUAAAGAAGCGCAAUCUUUCAGUGGACUCACUACAGCAUCACACUGUUUAUGAUCCAGAUGUAUUUGAUCAUUCUUCAGUGUCAAGUACACCUUCAGCUUUAGAGGUUCCUGUUUUCGAAAGCACGAGUUCACAUUUGAGAAAUGAGGGUGAAGAAAAUCGUGAAUAAGAAAACUGUCGGUGAAUUAUAUGGUUUUUUAAUUAUAGAAGUUGAAGUGUUUUCCUGUAACAAUUCGCUUCACUUUUUCCAAAGUCAAGUUAUAUUUGCACUGUCAUUAACCUUUUAUUUUUCUACAAGGUUAACAUAAUUGCUUAUGAUAUAUUUAAAUGCCAAGAUUGUGUACUUUUUAUACAAUGUUCGUUGUAAUAUUGGAUUUUUAAUAUACUGAAUGACUUUACCCCUUGUCACCUGCACAUAUUUUGAUUUAUUUGCUCUCUUUAAAUGCCAAAAUGUUUACUUCGAUACUGUAUUUUUUUUCGAGAAUCCCAGAUAGUGUUAGCAUAAAACGUAUUUUGCAAAUGAUAUUUGGUAAAUUAACAACGAUGUUUACUAUUUCCAAAAAAAACAAUGUAUUUCAUUGCUAUCUAAAAAUGCUAGCUUGACCUAAAUUGCUAAUUGUAUU